GCCAAGUUGUGCCAGUUUUUGUUAUUAGCUGACAACACGGAUCUGGCAACUACCUAGCCAGAUGUUGCCAUACAAAAAUGUCUGCGUUCCGGAUUAAGUCUGGCAGCGCUGUUCAAGCGCGUGCGGCCAUACAUUUAUUGCCAGAUAACAAGCAUAACAAAAAUGGAGUCGCGAAAUAAUGAAUUCCUGAAUUGGGAGACAAGCGGAACUAAACGUCCGCGUAGGAUACGAAAAAUCGAACGGGAGUGGUUACCAAACGAUGUCCGAUUGCUAAUUCACCUGGUUGAGCAGCGCAAAGUCCUGUGGGAUCCCAGCAAAUCAAACCACAAAGAUAGCAAGUUGCGGGAGAACACAUUUCAAUCUAUUGCCAAAACGCUGGAUCGCACAACGCCCGACUGCAAGGCCAAGUGGGAUAAUCUGCGUAACCAAUACAGAAGCUACCAGGCCAAGGCGAAUCAUAACAUUGAAGUCAAAUGGCAAUACUUUGAAUCUUUAAGUUUUCUGCAAAAUGUCUGCGAGCCUCGCAAGUCCAAAGGCAAUUCGAUAAACCUUGGUUUGAAUGACAGCAAUGAUACAAUAUCUAUCAAACGUCCCCUUUCACAGAGCCAUAUGCAUUUCAUGGAUGAUUUGGACACCUGCUCUAGUUCGUUUUCCACGUCCACGCAUGGAGUUAAGACCAAAGAGGAGCUGAACAAAUCGCCAGAGGUGAAUGAUCGCAGCAAAUCGGAUAAAACAGAUUCUCCGCCCGAGACAAAUCAUAAUCAUAAUUCCCCCCAAAUUUUUGGCGAUUUUGUGGCAGAUCAAAUGCGCCAGCUUAAACCACAAAUAGCUGAUCAACUAAAGAGAAAUAUUUUGAAACUAGUUGUCGAUGCAUUAGAUAAAGAUAAAUAAAUGUAUGCCUUAAAUAUAUGUUUAA